AUGGAAAGAGAUCUGGAUCCUGUCCCUGAAGAAGUUGAUGAAAUCAAUCAAAACCCAUCAGAUGAUCAUGAUUCAUCUCUUCCGUGGGUAAGCAAGACUUCAGAAAACCAAUCACGUAGAUCAUUAUUGUUUCAAAGUUUCCUUUCGUUUUUCUGUUGCAAUUCUUCCCCCAAGUGUUCAUCCAUGUCAAGGCGAAGUGUCGGGAUAGUUGGUCCUGAGUGGCCAUGGCCAUCAUCACCACCGUCAAGUGGAUCACGUCAUAGAGCUUCUCCACGAUUCUUUGAAUCACCUUUCCCUCCACAAAACUCAGCAUCACAAAGCUAUGCAGCCGCAGAUGAAUCGGGUUCAGGUGAAACCAUACCAGAACAAGAGAGCAUCAUUCAAAACCCGCCUUUUGAUUCCAUACAAAGUGAAUAUUCAACUUCACAAGGCUAUCUAUCUUUUGAUUCCAUACAAAGUGAAGAUUCAACUUCACAAGGCUAUGUAACCGCAGAUAGAUUGGGUUUCGUUAGAAGGCUUUCAAAACGAUUCUUGAAAAUUCAAGAACCCCAUAGUCCUAUUCGGUUAGCUUUCCCUGCACAAAAUUCACCUCCACUGAGCCGACGUCCAUCAAUUGGAUCCACAAAUAAGCCGGCUCUAGUUGUAACCAUCUGA